AUGGAUAAGCCUCUGCUUUCAGAGAAAACGAAGGAUUCCGAGAGAUGGGAUUUGUACCAGUACCUACAGAGAAAUAGCUCUUCUGCUCGUAACGCUUUCGCCGGAACUGGCGUUACCGUCGAGGAAAUCCGUUCUGCUUCCGCUGUUUCUGAUCCACCGUCUCUUUACCCUCCUGUCUUAACGUCCCCUGUUUCGUUGCCCACUCCUCAAGCUAUUGGUUAUCCGAGUGCAUCUGCAGCAAGUCAUGAAUUGCAAAGGCAGAUUCUUGAUGAGAUUGAAAUAAGAGAGCUGCUUAUUGAUCAUAUUGGACAUCGUUGCUGUUGGGGAAGUCGUCCUGCUCGUACGUGGAAGAUUCAUUCUGUCGAAGACUGCAAUGUUUACGCCGGAACUCUUGACACUUUCAUUGAGGAAAGAGAAGCUUUGACACAGACUGUGCCUUUCAAUGGCGGAAGUUUCAAUGGAAAGAAACAUGGAUCUGAACCGGAGUUAUGGCAAUUGGAUCUGAGAUCUCAGUUUCCUACUCUGUUUGUUCCCUAUAAAGAAACUCAAGUCCCGGUUCCUAACUCUGAGACUGUUGAGAAGUGCACGGAUUGUACAGGAAGAGGAGAAGUAGUAUGUCCAACGUGCAAUGCCGAUGGAGAACCCGGGUUUUAUAAGGAGAAUCAGAUGAUGAAGUGCUCUGCUUGCUACGGGAGAGGUUUGCUUGCCCAUAAGGAUGGAUCUGACACAAUCUGCGCAGGUUGUAACGGUAAGGGAAAGCUUCCUUGCCCAAAUUGCCAAUCUCGCGGGUUAAUCAAAUGUCAGACUUGUCACGGUACUGGUUCUCUUCUGACAAGCAGUACCGCAGUUGUAAGAUGGAAGACUCUGUCGAAGCGAAAGGUGAGUGCAACGAGAGGAGCUGGUUCAGUACCAGAAGAAGUAUUUCACAGAGCAGAAGGAGUGCAGCUUUGCAACACACAAGCUUACCAGUGCACACCGGCUUACUUUGCAGACUCAUAUUUCCUCAACAAAUUCUCCUCAGAAGUUAUCUCGUUGAGAGCUGAGGUUCCACCAACAGCGAAUGUGGUCUGCGAAAGACACACUAUAUCUGUUGUGCCUGUUACACGCGUCACCAUGGAAGAACGUGGGAAAGCAUUCAGCUUUUACAUAAUCGGUUUCGGUAAAGAGAUAUACUUGAAAGAUUACUACCCAGCAAGGUUCUGCUGGGGUUUGUGUCCUUGUCUUGAGUGGUUAAAGGUUUGA